AUGUUUCGCUUAAGAAAAAUUUCAACAGUGUCCGUGAUCUUAAUUUUAGUGUUUCAAAAUUGUUGCAUCAAAAGUGAUAUAUUAUUUUAUUUACUAUGGUGCGUUGUUCUGAUAAGAUUAUUGAUGCAUCUGCUAACAUACGAUUAUGACUAUUGGGAAAAACGAGGCAUAUUUUCACCCCCGGCAUUACCUUUCGUCGGCCAUAUAGCAACUGUGGCUACUAUGAAGGAACAAGGGGGCAUGUGUUUUAAAAGGAUUUACGAUGAACAUAAAGAGAAACGAUUUUUCGGCACCCACCAGUUCUACCAAAGAACUUUAGUGGUAUGUGACCCAGAUAUUAUCAAACGUAUGUGUGUCAACGAUUUCUACCACUUCACCGAUAGAGGGUUCUUUUUCAAUAAGUAUACGGACCCUUUGGCUGAAUCCGUACUUUUUUUGCGAGGAAGCGAAUGGAAAAGGUUACGUGCAAAGAUAUCACCCAUUUUCUCGCCAAAUAAGCUUCGAGGAAUGUUUCCUAUUUUAGAGAAUACGGCUAAUGCAUUCGUUGACCGAGUCAGAAAACUGACUCAACAAGAUGACAUUGAACAUAAUGAAAAUCAAAAUGAGAAUUCAAAUAUUAAAACCAAAGAAGAAAUCGAUGGUAACAAUAACUCAACUAUUGAUGAUUUAAUAAACUUAGGUGAAGAUAUAAAAGAAAUUCGUUCGAAGAAAAGUUCAAGUGAGGAUAAUACAAUUUUGUACGCUAAGAAAAACUGUGUAAAAGUGGAUGCAGAGAAAUUAGUAGGAGGAUACACGGCCGAUGCGAUCGUACCAUGUGCUUUCGGUCUUAAAAGCAAUGUCAUGUAUAAUUCAAAGGAUCCAUUCGCAGUAGCCCUGCACGCCUUCUAUGAAAUGAGCUGGUUUAAUAUUUUUGAAAAAACAAUGCGUCAAUUUUGGCCAGCGUUCGUGUUAUUUUUCAAAAUUCGUAUAAUCCCUAAGAAGACUCACGACUUCUUCUACAACAUCGUGACUAAAGUUUUGAGGGACAGGUCUAGUGGAGUACAGGAGAAGAGAGGAGAUUUCAUCGACAUGAUGAUGGCACUUCAGAGUGAUGAAAAGUGCGACGAUGAAAAUGAUUAUAAAAUAACUGACAUGAUUAUAUCGGCCAACGCGUUCAUUAUUUUUCUCGGAGGUUUUGAGACGACAUCUUCCACUCUUGCUUUUCUCUUUCUUGAGCUGGCUGCGCACCCUGAAGUUCAAGAGAAGAUGCGAAAAGAGAUAAGAGAAGUUGUGGAGGGAAAUGGGGGACUCACGUAUGAGGCAUUGCAAGAUUUGACUUAUAUGGAGAUGGUCAUUCAAGAGACAUUACGCUUGUAUCCCCCAUUUCCGACAAUUCAACGGAUGUGUACCAAAGACUACACAAUUCCAGAGACCAGCGCAGUUGUGGAAAAGGGAACCGUAGUCUUAUUUCCCACACUUGGCGUACAAAGAGAUGAGCAGUAUUUUGAAAAUGCAUCACAAUUCAUCCCAGAGCGAUGGUCGGAAGGAAAGUCUGCUCCUCGACCUGGCGUCUACAUGCCCUUUGGGGAUGGACCUAGAUAUUGUAUUGGUAAAAGAUUUGCUAUAAUUCAAAUGAAGUGUUGCCUAGCGAGAUUGCUGCCUCAAAUUCUUAUUAAACCAGUCGGGGGUCACAUCCGCACCCAGCCGUUUAUUGCUGAUCCCUUAUGCCCCAUGACCCUACACCCCGCAGACUCGAGGGUCAUUAUUACAAGCUUAUGA